AUGGCCUUGAAAGCUAUUGGUUGUCUGCAUCUGCCCAAGCUCAGUAGUUAUCAACAGUCUCCGUCAUGCGACUGGGGACAGCUGACUUUGCCGGUGAUGUUCUGUAUGGAUCUGCCUAGACGUGGACCAUGGGGAUGUAACAUGGAUUUCAACGAAUGCCGUGUCUCUCCAACGGUUUCGACAGGUCAUGGAUCGGAAACAACAAAUGUCUUUGACCCUGGCUUCGACGAAACUCAACAGCAAACUCGUGGCGAAAGUGGGCUUGUGCACAACGAGCUUCUGCAGACAUUUCCGCCGCAUCUUACCAGGAUCGCUCAUUGGUCGCCGCAAAGGGGCCAGGCUAGGAGAAAAUACCAUGACAUGAAGGAAGUGGUUUUUCAUCCAACACCGGGAAACAGAUAUCAAGCGACCAGAUCCCUCGAUUGCCGGUCCAGGGCCAUUUUACCAGUCAACUGCUCGUUCUGCAGCGCGGCUAACAGGCCUCUGCGACCCAUUUCUCCAUCUUCUUUGUCAGAAUUCCUGAUUAAUCCACCGAGAGGCCAAAUUGGAGCCCUGAGCCCAACAGUUAUCUCCUUGACGUGGACAAGCGGAACAUUGGGAUAG